AUGGCGGAGAGCGCCCCCGCGGCCGGCGAGCCGCUCGCAGACGCGGCGGCGCGCGCCCGCGCCCGGCAGCGGCGCCCAGCGUCGGCGGGGGCCUCGCGGCCGUCGGCCGCGCGGGCCCCGCCGGCGGCGCCCCGGCCGUGCGUGGGCGGCAUCCGGGGCGCUCCGCUCGUGCCGAGGGGGCCCCCGCCGGUGCCGAGGGAGCGCGGCGGGGCCUCGCGGGCGGCGGCCGACGGCCGCGGGGCGCCCGGCGGCGAGGGGGCUGCCGCGGGCGGGCGGGAGGAGCGCCGCAAGCUGAGCCAGGUGCGCCACGGCGCGCCUGGCGAAGCGCCCAGGCAGCUCUCUGGAGCGGAGGUCGUGCGAGAGAUCGAGGCACAGUGGGCCGCAGUCGUCACCGAGGGCCGCUCUGGCCUGACGCGGUACGGUUACGUCCGCAGGGAGAAGGUGUCUGAGCUCUCCAUAUACGGCAGAGGCCUCGACGCCCUCGACAGGCCCGAGUACCAGAGCGCGGUGACCUCCAUUUCAUUCCACUGCAUCCUGGUGGAGCACGUGGUCCGGGAGGUGGCGAAGUUGGCCAGGUUCCAGGGCCUGUCGUCGCUGACUUUCUCCGCGAACCAAAUUUUCAGCAUGAACCAGCUGGAGCCGCUGAAGCAGCUGGCAUCGCUCACCGACUUGAGCGUGGUGGACAACCCGGCGUGCGGCGGGGGCUUAGCGCUGCCGCUGCACGCGGCGCGCUUGCUGCCGGGCCUGAAGCGCUUCAACGGCGGAGAGGCCUCGGAGGCGCAGCGGCGGGCGGCGGCGGGCAUCUUCCAGCCGCUGGAGCAGGAGGCGGCCGCGGGCCGCGGCGGGCCACCCCCCGCCGACGCCGGCGGGAGGCACGGGCCCGAGUCCCAGCUCAUGCCCUGCGGAUGGUGGAGGACAUCGUGUCGCACGCGUGCGCCGUGGACGAGAAGAUCGGGAUGGUGCACGCCCACUUCGAGGGCGCGGUGCUCGACGCCAUACGGGAGGCGUGGGACGACGCCCUCGCGGCAGAGGACGAGCACGCGUGACGAGCGCCAGGCGGGUGCCCCUCCUCCCCCUCGCGGCCACCUCCUCCUCUUCCUCCUCCCCUUCCUCCUCCUCGUCCUCCUCCUCCUCCCUCUCCUACUCCUCCUGAACGCCGGUUUUACGUCCACCGGCGCCGCCGAUGGAAAGUGUUAGCCGAGCGUGUGGUGAGUCCGUUCAGCCCC